CCUUUUCUUUUCUAAGCAAAAAACCCUUCAUAACCUUCAGCUUCUGCUCAUUUUUCCCCCAAUUCGGAUCUCUCUCUUCUCUCUCUCUCAAUCGCUCACUAUGUCUGCUCUUCUCACCAACGAUCUUAACGAACUUUCCCUCAAGCCCCAGAAUGUUCCUGUUGGUGAUGUUGCUGGGUUUGUGUUGUUGUUGAUUCAGAUUCAGAGUGAAACAGGAAGUGAAUGUGAAGGGGAGAUUCGUGGGGUGGAAGGAGGUGGCGGGAACCAUGUUCAUCGUGAAGGUCUGUGCGCCAUUUGCUUGGACAAGAUUCUGCUUCAGGAUACUGCUCUUGUAAAAGGUUGCGAGCAUGCAUACUGCGUGACGUGCAUCCUUCGCUGGGCUACUUACAGAGAGAGAGUUACCUGCCCUCAGUGUAAACAUCCAUUCGACUUCCUCUUUGUCCAUCGCUCGCUUGAUGGCAGCAUCCAGGACUACAUGUUCGAGGAGAGUGUUUGCCUACUACUUAGGGCUGCAUGGUUUCAACCUCUGAAGGUCAAAAAUCACGUGGAGCAUGAAGAUGCCUACGAUCCUAUUGAAGAUUUUUAUCAAUAUCAAUAUGAUUAUGAGUAUGAUGACCAGGAUGAUGAUGAUCUAGAUGAAGUUUACUAUGGUAGCUCAUCAAGUCUUCGCAUUGGUAACCGGAGAUGGGGAGACAAUGGUUAUGUCAGAUCUGGGCGGCUCGAAGCAAGGCCAGUCCCACGAUCAAACUUCCAGGAUCCAGGAGGCGCAAGUUCAUCAUCUCGCCAGCCAAAAAAGAAAGAGGCAGCUGAAAAAGUCGCAACAGGUAGACGGGCUAAAAGGGCAUUGAAGCGGGAGGCUGCUGAUAAGGCAGCAGCGGCAAAGCAUCAGCAGCAUCUAGUGAGGUUGGGCAGGAAGUAGUGCAAUACUUAUGCCGAAGUCAUACCAAAUCAAGCCGGGCCUUGAGCACUCCCCUUUGCUUAAGAAAAAAAAAAGUAUUUUUUACUUAAAUUUUUUUUUCAAUCUUGUACAGUGUUUAUUCAUUGAACUAGUGUACUAUAAUAUGGGGGGUAAAAAUGAUAGACAAUAAUGUGGCUUGGUAUGUUGUUAGUAGUUCCGUGGGUUUAGGUGGAGAUGGAACUCAUACACUCUCUUAGGAUUGAACAAUUUAGGUUUAUAAUCAAUUGACAUACCCUAAAUGCAGAUUUUAAAAGUUGUACAUAAUUCUUUGUCAUGAUUCAUGACUCUAUUUCGGGUUAUUCAUUUUAAAAGUUACAGAUUUGGUAUUAAUAGAAAUUUCAAAAUCUCAAAUGGCUGACUUACAGAUAGAAUAGAAAGUUGUGCUGAAGCUUCCAAAGGAAUUGCAUGCUUAGCUGGUGAGUGGUCUCCCAUCAUUAUCACUGUGUACAGAGAUAUUUGACCUACCAAUUGUGAUAUAAAAUCAUCGA